AUGGUCUCUCUCGACAAGCCAAUCGUGCUCCAUUACGAAGGCUCCAUCUUCUCGCACCGGAUCCAGCCGGCAUUCAUGCCGCGUGAAGACCUUGAACUGCUGGGCGUCGGCUACAGAAAGAUACCCGUCGUGAUCAUCGGAAAGGACAUAUACUGCGAUUCUCGAUUCAUCAUCUCCAAGCUAGAGUCUCUGUACCCCAACAGCGCUCUCUCACCUUCCACGCCAAUGGAUGUUGGUAUCAGAAAGCUCUUCGAAAACUGGACAAUCGACGGCGGCAUCUUCGCCAACGCCGUGAGGAUGAUACCAUACUGGCAGGAGACAAGCUUCCUAUCGAAUGAAGCCUUUGUAGAUGAUCGUCAGAAGCUCAUGGGAAGGCGCUUCACCGCCGAUGAUAUGGAGAUGGGGCGGCCCGAUGGCACGCAGCAUUUGCAGCUCGCUUUUGACAUGUUGGAGUCUACUUUCCUUGCCGAUGGCAGGGCGUGGAUUUUGAACACACAAGAACCCUCGCUAGCAGAUAUUGAUUGUGUGUGGCCAUUCAAGUGGUUGAUGUCGGAGCCCACUAUGAAGGACAGUCUUCCCGCGCGUUACUUCAACGCUGAGACGUAUCCGAGAGUAUUUUCGUGGGUAGAGAGAUUUGUGGCACAACUGGAAAAGAAAAGGAAGAGAAUGCCAAUGCUCAAAACGCUGGAUGGAAAUACUAUGGCACAACGAACUCUUGGCACUUCUACCUCACCAGAAAACGUUACAUUCAUCGAUGACAAUUCACAUAAGCUCAAAUACGGCGACGAGGUCGAGAUAUUUCCUUCCGAUUACGGACAUAUGGGAAAGACUGUUGGGAAUCUCGUUGGUCUUACAAUUGACGAGGUCACUAUCUGUAACAGCAAAAGCAUCCGUGUACAUUUUCCGCGCUGGAACUUCAGUGUCGUCAAAAUCGCGUCUAAGUCCAUGAUCUAG